GUCUCUCAGGCAGGUGUCUUCAUCCCACAGUUGCUCCUCAGACAAAACGGAGUUUGCACCAGAAGGUAGAAGCUCCCUAUGAGCUCUGACAGUCUCUCCUGCUCUGGGCAACAUAACCUUGACACACGUCAGCUGAAAACCCUAUCAGGCUGCUUCCUCCCUCAUACCCCAUGUGGCAACAUAUUUACUUUUUGGCCUUAGUCAGUGUAUGAGUGCCAGAAGAGAAAAGGGACUGGGAUGCGAAGAAAGGGUGGGCGACGGAGGAGACACAGAGACCCGGGGAGACCCACAGAAAAAAAAAGUCACACACAGACCCAGAGAGGCACAAACAAAGAGAUGCCAAGAGAUCAAUAGAGACAAAAGGAGUGGCCAAUUAGUAUGCAGAUAAAAUGGAGGAUGAAUGGAGAAUGAGUACAUUCCUCAGCUCUCAAAGUUAUCCGGAAGAAGACCCCUGAUGGUGGCAUGCACUCCGAGGGUAGCCUGGGAAUUGAGACAAGUGGUGCCCGGACCCCUGGUUGACCAGAGGGCCCGGCCCAGCCCAGGGGCCUAAGGAUUGGGAGCCAUCCAAUAAGAGACCCGUCCCCAAGGACAUGGGCUGUAGAUGCCAGCUAGUCACAUGGAUGGUCUCAGGAACUUGGUGUUCCCAGCAGGAAAGGGGGUGGCUGGCCUGACUCCAGCUCUCAUAUCCAAGAUACUGACUGCUGAAGGAAUAGGCUGCACAAAGGCAGUUAGACAUUUUCGUGUUCUAGAACCACUGGACAGGCCAGCGCUUCUUCAGAAUGGAGCCUUCUGGACUUCUGGGCGUCCUGGUGCUAUCCAUCCUUCUAGUGAAUGUCCAGGGCCCUGGUCGGACUGACGGGCUCUUUCCCAGGAGAUGCCCCAGAAUCCACGAGAAAUGUGAAUUCCGAGAAAGGGAUGAAUGUAUGAAGGACAGACAAUGCCUGGGCAACAAGAAGUGCUGUGUCUUCAGCUGUGGAAGAAAGUGCUUAGACCUCCAAAAAGACAUAUGCAGUAUGCCAAAAGAACCUGGCCCCUGCAUGGCCUUUUUACUUCGUUGGUGGUAUGAUAAGAAAAAUGAUACCUGCUCCAGCUUCAUCUAUGGCGGCUGCCAAGGAAACAAUAACAACUUCCAAUCCAAAGUCAUGUGCCAGAACAUGUGCCCCCAAAAACGUGAGUUGCCAGGGCCAUGCUGGGAGGUCUAG